CAAGCUGUUUUUCCGUAUGCUCAAUCAGUACCCCACAUUGAUCCACUUCUUGAACUGCAAAUAGAAACAACGAAUAAUCGCAUUUUAUGGCCUCCUUUGCCAAACCACACCAAAGCUACAGAUUCACAGUCUUCGGGACUCGAUUCUCGCAACCCAUCUCCUGUUGCACCUCUCGCGACCCAUCUCAGCUUCCUUCAUCUUCGAGGCACUUCUCUUCUGAACAAACCAAUGACGGUGACACCCACGACGACAAUGGCGGCAAAGAUAAGGACCCCAAUAUCAAACCCAGAUCAUCAACCAAAACCAAAAGAGCCCGAAAAAUGGCUCGUCUCAUCAACGACAAUCCCUGGUCAGCUGACCUCGAAUCUUCUCUCUCUUCCCUCUCUCCUUCUCUCUCAAAAACCACCGUCCUCCAAACUCUCCAGCUCAUCAGAACCCCAUCCAAAGCCCUUUACUUCUUCAACUGGAUCCACCAAAAGGGCUUCUCCCACAACGAUCAAUCGUACUUCAUGAUGAUUGAAAUCCUCGGCCGCAAUCGGAACCUCAAUGCGGCUCGAAACUUCCUGUUCUCGAUCGAGAAGAAUUCCGGCGGGACGGUUAAGCUCGAAGACAAGUACUUUAACAGUUUGAUUCGGAGUUACGGUCGAGCUGGGUUGUUCCAAGAAUCAAUCAAGGUGUUCACGAAGAUGAAGUCGAUUGGCAUUUCGCCUUCUGUUGUCACAUUCAAUAGUCUCUUGUCUAUUUUGCUUCGACGGGGUCGAACUACUAUGGCACUCAAGGUGUAUGAUGAAAUGCUUGUUACGUAUGGUGUUACCCCGGACACGUACACAUUUAACAUUUUGAUAAGGGGGUUUUGUAUGAACUCAAUGGUUGAUGAAGGGUUUCGAUUUUUCAAAGAAAUGUCCAAUUAUAAAUGUGAACCAGAUGUUAUAACUUAUAAUACACUUGUUGAUGGGCUUUGUAGGUCUGGGAAGGUCAAAAUCGCGCAGAAUGUGGUGAGAGGUAUGCUUAAAAAGAGCUCGAAUUUGAAUCCUAAUGUUGUUACUUACACAACUUUGAUUAGAGGGUAUUGUGCAAAACAAGGUAUUACUGAGGCUCUGGAUGUUUUUAAAGAGAUGGUUGAUCGAGGGCUGAAGCCAAAUAGAAUUACUUAUAACACUCUUAUUCAAGGGCUUUGUGAAGCCCAAGAGCUUGACAAGAUAAAGGAGAUUUUUGAGGGAACUGUAGGGGGUGGAGAAUUUGCUCCCGACACGUGUACCUUCAACACGUUGAUGAAUGCUCAUUGUAGAGCAGGAAAUUUGGAUGAAGCAUUAAAAGUUUUUGAGAAAAUGGCAGAGUUGCGAGUCCAACUGGAUUCAGCUACUUAUAGUGUUUUGAUUCGGAGUUUGUGCCAAAGAGGGGAUUUUGUAAGGGCUGAGGAGUUGUUUAACAAGCUAGCAGAGAAGGAGAUUUUGUUGCAUGCUGUUGGUUGCACACCUCUUGUUGCAGCAUAUAACCCAAUGUUUGAGUAUUUGUGUAAAAAUGGGAAGACCAAGAAUGCUGAAGUAGUGUUUAGGCAGCUGAUGAAAAGAGGAAUCCAGGAUCCUCCCUCUUACAAGACCUUGAUCAUGGGACAUUGCAGGGAAGGUACAUUUCAAGCUGGCUAUGAUCUGUUGGUCUUAAUGUUAAGGAGAGAUUUUGUGCCUGAUGUCCAGACUUAUGAAUCCCUAAUUGAUGGUCUAUUGCAGAAGGGUGACCCCACUCUUGCCCAUCAAACUACAGAGAAGAUGUUGAAGAGCUCCCAUCUUCCCAAAACAUCUACUUUCCAUUCUGUGCUUACAGAACUCGUCAAAAAGGGUUGUGCUCAUGUAGCUGCUAGCUUUGUUAUGUUAAUGCUGGAGAGAAAAAUUAGGCAAAACAUUGAACUCUCAACUGAUACUGUAAGGCUACUUUUCAAAAGUGGCUCAUGGGAUAAAGGUUUUGAGAUUGUUGGGUCUCUUUAUGAGAAUGGGUAUAUGGUGAAGAUUGAAGAAUUGAUUGUUUUCCUUUGCAAGGGUAAAAAAUUGUUAGAGGCACGUCAAAUGUUGCUAUUUAGUUUGGAAAAAGAUCAAAAGGUUGAUAUUGAUAUAUGCAGCACAGUUGUGACUGAUCUUUGUAAAGGCUCUAGAAUUAAAGAAGCAUUUAGUCUUUAUUAUGAACUGUUAGAGAAAGGAAUACAACCACCUUUGAGCUGUUUAGAAGACUUGAGACACACCCUUGAAGUUAAAGGAAGAACAAAGGAAGCAGAAUUUGUUGCUAAGAGGAUGGGGAACAGUUGCAGUUGAACAGACCUGCUCCAAAUUCAAGCUCCACAACGAUGAGAUCUCAACACUCGUAAUACCUAAUGAGAGCUUAAAUGGCCUCAGACAGAGCCGGAGCUAUUGCAUGGAAUAGUCACCAUCUAAACAUUAAGAUUCCAUCAUGGUAUUUACUCAAAUAUAGUCUCUCCUUCCUCUAGUCUAACACUAGAAAUUAUGAGGAGUUAGCCAGCUUAAUUUCUGCUCUCUUUUAGAGUUGAUCAGGAUAUUAUUGAGACUUCCAUUAUUCAAGUGAACGUCAAAAAGUGUGUGCACUGAAAUGGUCGAGCAAUGCCAACAUACUGGCUAGUGGUGGCAAAGCAAGUCUCAACCUAGUAUUAGAAGCUCACCCAUUUAUUUUAGCAGAAGAAAAGUUGAGGAUCAAAGAUGAGGGAGAGAAACGGGUCCUGUUCCGAUUUGAGAGAGAUGAGAAAGAAAAAAACUGGUUCAGUAACUGUAUAUUUAUCAAUGCCCUUGCAUGGUUUCAUAAGAGCUUAUGUUGGAAAAACAUUUCGGGUCAUGGAUCUUACCCCCAUCGAAGUACAAGAUUCCAAAUCUGCAGGCAAGUUAUGCUCUGUGCUUCCCUCUCGCAAGCAAUAUUUAAAGUGCAAUGGCACUUUUCUACUGGCUACCUAUACCAUAUAGGUAUAUAUAUAAUCUUUUUGGGAUGGCAUCCUCAUUCGUUUUUUUUUUUUUUUUUUUUGGCAGAAGAAAAGUUGAGGACUGGUUCAGUAACUGUAUAUCAAUUCCCUUGCAUGGUUUCUUAGUAGCUUAUGCUUGACUCUGGAGGUGGCGCAACAUUUCAGGCAUGGACCUUACCCCCAUCGAAGUACAAGAUUCCAAAUCUGCCGGCAAGUUAUACUCUGUGCUUCCCUCUCCAAGCAAUUUUCUACUGUCUAUACCAUUUAGCCGGCCCGCGUCAAAUGGAUGGCAUGCUCAUUCUUUAUUGCUGCAACUUGUACAGGUGCGGGUUUAUUUGUUGAAAUGAAAAAGCAUCCAAAAGGAGAUGCUGCCCUUGGUUUGACAGAGCAGUCUAUGCAUUAAAACAGAGGUUUGAGUAUGAACGAUUUUAUUGUUGCCAACAAAAUGGAUGAGAUAAAAACAUCAGAUCUUGUCCCCAAGAAAAGAGUUUGGGCAUAAUUGGAGCACUGUACUGUUUUCUUGAAGAAACCAAAAGAUGUGUCUGCUCAUUAGGUCUUCUCUGGCAACUAGAAAGAGACUCAUGUUGCUACAAUUCAAAAAACAUAUUCUACUUGGUCCAUAUAUUAUGCUUUUUUAAUCCUUGUGUAUAAAAA